AUUGCCAUUGCCAAGUCGAUUUCCCAGCCGUUCGGUAUUAUUAAAGUUUUCCAAUUGACAAUUUUCGGGUAUGACUGUCUCAUACACCGCUGAGGUGGCAACAUGCAGCCAUUUUGGCUGUUUCUGGAAGCUUUUGAUGAGAUGGCGCGCGAGCAUCUACAAGAUUAUAUGGGUAGACCUCCUGGCAUUUCUGUGCUGCUACUACUUGAUGGCUGUAAUCUACCGCUAUGCUCUAAGGGAUGUCGAUAAACCCAUUUUCGAGGACAUUGUAAUGUACUGUCAUAGCUACAGCAACUUGAUACCGCUUUCCUUCGUGCUGGGUUUCUACGUGGGCAUUAUUAUAGAGCGCUGGUGGAGUCAGUAUAUCACGGUUCCCUGGCCCGAUCCUUUGGCUGUUUAUGUGAGUGCCUUAGUUCGUGGACAGGAUGAACAUGGUCGUCUGAUGAGGCGCACAAUCAUGAGAUAUGUGUGCUUGGCCCUGACCAUGGUGCUAUCAAUGAUAUCCCCCGUCAUAAAGCGACGUUUUCCCACUUACGAUCAGUUGAUUGAAGUGGGUCUUCUAAACGCCAACGAGGCCAACAUUAUAAAGGCAAUGGAUGCAAAGUUUCCGAAACAUCCCAAAUACUGGAUGCCCAUCGUCUGGGCUGCCAGCAUUGUGACAAGGGCCCGAAAGGAAGGACGCAUUUGGGACGACUUCUCACUGAAGUCUAUGAUUGACGAAUUGAAUAAAUUCCGAGCCGGUUGCAAUAUGCUAAUCCAUUAUGACACGAUCUCUGUUCCACUGGUAUAUACGCAGGUCGUAACUCUGGCCGUCUACUCGUACUUCGUGGCCUCAAUUUUUGGUCAUCAGUGGAUUGAUCGGGAUGUUAAGCACUACAAUAAUAUCGUUAGUUACUACUUUCCGUUGUUCAGCACCCUGGAGUUUUUCUUCUUUAUGGGAUGGCUAAAAGUGGCCGAAACCUUGAUUUGUCCCUUUGGCGAUGACGACGAUGACUUUGAACUGAACUGGCUGAUCGAUCGGAAUCUGCAGGUCAGUUACUUAAUCGUCGAUGAGAUGCACAACGAUCAUCCCCAAUUGGUGAGGGAUCAGUAUUGGGACGAGGUCUUCCCCAACGAACUGCCCUAUUUGGUCGAGUCUGAAAGGGCCGAACAUCCAGAGGCCUCUACCGCUCGAUUGGGCAUUCCAAAAAUUAAUCCCGUUCACUCAACGAAGAGUGAGGUAAGUUUGGAGAACGACUUUACGGAAUUCGACGAUGAGGACGAGACCAAGGACGAAGUUACCAUCCGAUUUGCCCGUCGCGAGUUUAGUUGGAGCAAGAGUUCCGUAUCGAUAACGUACUCCUCGGGGAACCAGAGUAUAGAUACCCUGAGUUUUGACGACAAGGGUGGCGAGGAGAUGGAAAAUGAGCUGGACUCAAGGACUGUGGAUUCCAGCAGCAAGGACGACUUCGAUCGACUGCGGGAGACGAGGGAAAGGGAGCGUGUCAACCGGCAGAUGCAGCACGCCGCCCUCGCGAUGGAGUUGAUGAAGGGAGACCUUGGCUCAAAUGGAGGAUCUGCAGCGGGAUCUAGGACUAACGUCCCGAAGAAGGAAUCUGAGGUUCAGACCGACAUGAGCUACACCAGCCAAAGAAAGAAGGACAAGGAUAAGGACAAAGACGCUGACAAUGAAUGAAAAACAAUUAAAAGAAGAAUAAUAUGUAUUGUAAAUUAAUUUAUGAGAUAACGACGACAAUAAUAAAAAUUGAUUCUUUCAAA